AUCGGGAGAGGAUCGCUCUGGGAACUGAAGAUGGACUGUUUGUGGUCGAGGUCACCAGAGACGUGAUCGUGCGAGCGGCCGACAGUAAGAAGGUUUGUCAGAUCGAUUUGAUCCCUAAAGAGAAGAUCAUCGCUCUGCUCUGCGGUCGGAAUCGCCACGUUCACCUUCAUCCCUGGGGGGCACUGGAGGGCGCCGAGUCCGCCUUCGACAUCAAGCUGGCGGAGACCAAAGGAUGCCAGGCUCUGACGACGGGGGUGCUCCGACCCGGAGGCCCCGCCUGCCUGCUGGCUGCCGUCAAACGUCAGGUUCAGUGCUAUGAGAUCACUCGAGUGAAGCCCCACCAUAAGAAGCUGUGGGAGGUGCAGGCUCCGGGCGUGGUGCAGUGGUUGGGCAUGGUGAGGGAGCGGCUGUGCGUCGGGUAUCCUUCGGGCUUCGCUCUGCUCGCCCUGCAGGGGGAGUCAUCUCCCAUCAGCCUGGUGAGCCCCGCCGACCCUUCGCUGGCCUUCCUGGCCCAGCAGCCUCUGGACGCCCUGCACGCCCUGGAGGUGGGAUCCUCCGAGCUGCUGCUCUGCUUCAGCCAGCUCGGCAUCUACGUGGACGGACAGGGACGCCGGUCCCGAACCCAGGAGCUGAUGUGGCCUGCAACGCCGCUGGCAUGCA